GUAGACAUGCUGCAGGAUGAAGCGCGAAAACUUGGAACCGAACUGGCCUGGAUUCCGAAGUCGGCCGUCUUUCGGAAACAGCAGCUUUCCACGGAUGGUUGCCUUUUGCUUGCUCAGACAAGAGGCACUGCAGAAUCACAUGCAAUGGACUUGGUUGGAGGAGUUUGGCGCGGUUCAGGAGCAGGGCUGUUUGCCGGUCUGGACCGUGACGAAUUUGUGAGCAAGUGCAUCGCCCAAAGCCUUCAUGAGGAACCUAGACUCUGGCGUCUGAGUGAUCUUGGCGUUUCGAGCCUGGGCCGCCUUUCUUUCGCGGAUCAGCCAAAGGAGCUGACAAGGCUGGUAAAGCAAAGCGCAACAUGUGGAGCACCGGCGAAGAAGCGCCAGCGGCUCGCCAAUCCGCUCCUUGGCACCGCGGCCUACGACAGCGAGUCAGGAGGUUCCACAGCCUCGGAGUCCGACGAGUGA